AUGCCGAGCUUCGUCACCCCGGCCAUCCUGAUCAACAACAGCACAAGCUAUCCAUUGCUCCUCAUCACAGCGCUCGAAGACACGGGCAUCUUGGACUCGCUCAUCGUGACCGACGAGACCGCGAAACAAGCCAUCGAACGAGCCAAGGCCUACCUCUUAGUCUACUCGACCAUCAGCAACUGCGUCACCUUCGCCGUAGGGCCACGCCUAAUCGAUUCAGAGCACGCCGCCGAUGACGAGGACGACGAAGAUGACAAAACCGGCAAUGGCAAUAGGGGUCGAGAUGGUCAUACCGCUGCUUCAACCCCAGACGUGGAAGCCAACGAAGAGACUCGGUUGUUGGAUAGCCAACUACCAAACUCACCACAUCCCCUGAGACGCAGCUCAUUUUCUUUUUCACUCCCUAGCAAGAGCGGGAAGCCGACAUCGAAACCUGACCAUCGCCGGCCUUGGUUUAUGUCCCCCCAGAGAUGGAAUCGUCUGUCAUCCCAAACCAAAUGGUGGUUUCUAUUCAUCCUCGACUUCUUUAACGCGCCACUACUCGGGGCCAUCGUCGGCGCCGUUGUCGGCUUAGUCCCGCCAUUUCACCGCGCCUUCUUCAACAGCUCGGACGACGGAGGCAUAUUUACCGCCUGGCUGACCUCAGCGUUGAAACAAAUCGGGGGACUCUUCGUCAGCUUGCCUGUUGUCGUCGCCGGAAUCACCCUCUUCUGCUCUACCAAGGAGGCCAGGGCCAAUAACGAGAGUGGCAUGAAUUUGCCCCUCGGGACGACCCUGUACAUUCUGUUUGUCCGCUUCAUCGCCUGGCCUGCCGUCUCCAUUAGUGUUAUUUACGUCCUCGCCGCCAAGACUAGCCUGCUCGGUUCCGAUCCGGUUCUGUGGUUUUGUUUGAUGAUGAUGCCCGAGUGGACCAAGCGCCAUGAAGCUCAUCACCCUCGAUUCAGGUGGCUGAGGGAACCAAGGAGACUGCUUUCGCUCCAUGGCAAAAUGCCCGCCACGCCCAAGCUACAGCAAGUCAAGCCCUCCGAGGGCCGCGACGCCGUCUUUCGAGCCCUGCGCGAGGAUGGUGCCGUCAUCAUCAAGGGCCUCUUCACAAAAGACCAAGUUCGCCGGCUCAACCAUGAGGUCCAACCUGCCAUGGACAAGAUCGGUGUGGGCUCCAAGCAGUCCGAGGAAUGGCUCAAGGAUUUCCACGGCGACAAGACAAAGCGGUUGAACGGCGUGGUCGCGCUCAGCGAGACGUUUCGCCACGAGAUCCUCGAGAACGACCUGAUCCACGAGCUGUGUGAGGAGAUCUAUCUCCAAGACGCAGGCGGGUAUUGGAUGAACUCGGCCCAGGUCAUCGACAUCGGCCCGGGGAGCAAGGCGCAGCCGCUGCACCGGGACCAAUGGCAAUUCCCCAUCUUUACGUACAGCGGCCCCGACGCGCCCGAGGCGAGCGUCAACUUCGUCGUGGCCUUGACCGAGUUCACCGACGAGAACGGCGCGACCAGAGUGAUCCCCGGAAGCCACAGGUGGCAGGACCUGCAGCAAAACGGAACGCCCGAAGACACCAUCCCCGCCGAGAUGGAGGUGGGCGACGCCUGUUUCAUCACUGGCAAGGUCGUACACGGCGGCGGCGCCAACCGCACCAAGGACUUUACGAGGAGGGCUAUCACUCUGGUGUUCCAGUGCUCCUAUCUCACGCCGGAAGAGGCGUAUCCGUUUAUCGUGUCCAAGGAGAUUGCCAAGACGCUCAGCCCGCGGGGGCAGCGUAUGAUCGGGUUCCGAUCCCAGUUCCUGAAGGACAGUCCCGGCGUGUGGAAGCGUGACUACGGGGAGGUGGAUGAGGCGUAUUGUUAA